UAAUUUUAUUAGAUAAGUCGUACAAUAAGAGUAAUGUUUGUUUACAAUGCCGAAAGGAAAAAUAUCAUACGUUAAAGAAGAUGAGCCCGACUUUAUUAAGAAAUUUAAACAAAGAGUUGGCUACAAAGAAGGCCCAACUGUCGACACCAAGCGUGAAAUCCCUGACUUUGAUGAUGAUGAAGACAGGCCUGACAAUGAAGACGAGAAGCCGGUGGUCGUACAACUGAGGGAGGGGGAUCUAACUGCAGAAGAGGCGGAAAGGCUGCAAAAGACUGAAGAACCCCCAGCUGAUGGUAAGAUCACAUUUAAGAAGCCAGUGAAGAGGGGCGGGGAGGAGGCAUCAGAAUUAAAAACUUCUACAAAGAAGAGGAAGGAAGAGAAAGGAGGGAAGAAGAAAUCAGGGAAAGGUGUCAAGAACUCGACUUUGUUGUCAUUUAAUGAAGAGGAAGAGGAUGUCACAUGACACAUGUCAUAGGAUGUCACAUGAUACAUGUCAUAGGAUGUCAUGUGACAUGUCAUAGGAUGUCACAUGACAUGUUACAGAAUGCCACAUGACUUUUAACACAGUAUAUCACGUGGCAUAUGCCAUGGAAUGUCACAUGACUCAUGUCAGGAUGUUAUAGAAUACAUGUAGGAUGUCACAUGACACUAAGAACUUGAUGUCACAUGACACAUUUCAGAGGAUGUCACAUGACAUUUUUUAUAGGAUGCCUCAUGAAACAUGUCAUAGGAUGUCACAAGAGUGUCACAUGACACCUGUCAUAGGAGAGUCUCAUAUGAUAUGUUUCAUGAAUGAACUGUUUUUUUUUGUCAUCAAGUUGUGUUUAACCAUAUAAAAUCAUUAAUUUUAUACAAUUCUGCAAUCACAUAAUCUUUUUGGGUUAAGUCUUGAUUAAGUUCUUUUGUAAAAUGUACCCCUACAUUGUUUAUC